AUGGCUGACGUGAGACAAAGCUCAAUUGAAGAGGACUUUAUGUAUGGCAGCAAUGUUGCCUCAUGCCAUGUAUAUAUUCGCAUGCAAUUUCUACGUAAGGUCUAUGGUAUUGUUGCAGCUCAACUCUGUCUUGUUGCUGUUGUCUCAGCAAUAAUGAUAUCAUCCGAGAGUACAAAGCUAUUUUUUCAAAAUAAUCCUGGUUUUCUCAUGUUAAUUUUCUUGGCAACGAUGGUCACUUUAUUAGCUGUUUACGUCAAACGUUUAGACUAUCCAGCGAACUUUGCUCUCUUAGCGCUGUUUACUUUAUUUGAAUCGUUCACCAUCGGAACGAUUGUUUCGUUUUUCGACAAAAUCUUAGUUAUUCAAGCUGUUAUCAUCACAGCUGUGAUUGUUCUCGGUUUAACUAUGUACACAUUUCAAACAAAACGAGAUUUCACUUUUAUGGGCGCUGGUCUCUUUGCCUUUUUAUGCGUUCUUUGCGCCGCUGGUUUUAUUCAAAUCUUUGUUCGUAGUCCACUCAUGGAAGUCAUGUUGGCAUCAUGCGGCGCACUUUUGUUCAGCCUCUAUUUGGUAUAUGACACCCAACAAAUCAUGCGCAAGACUUCUCCAGAAGAGUAUAUUCAGGCAGCUAUCGAAAUCUAUCUUGAUAUUACACGUUUAUUUAUUGAAAUUCUACGUAUACUUGAAGCAAGUCGAAGAAAUUAA